AUGUCGGACCCGCAGGUGCAGCUGGAGUCCUUGCAAGAUGUGUGGAACACAUGUCAGGCGAACGAUGAUCAGAAGCAUGUUUUGAUCAAGAAUCUAUUCACAUAUGUGAACGAUCUCUCUGCUCGGUUAUCAGAAGCUGAGUACGAACUUCGUGAUCGAAAAGACGUGAUCAAGUUGACACGCGAUCGUAUCGAAGAAGCCAAGAAGGAGAUCCAAGUUUUGCGGGAUGAGAAGGCUCGACAUGCCUUCGCAUCCGUUUUGAUUGAUGGUGAUUGUAUGCCGUUCAACGAUGACCUUGUGAAAUCCGGGCUGGAAGGUGGAAAGAGAGCAGCGGGAUUACUCAAACAAGCUGUUGAUGGAGAACUCCGAUCAUCUUUACCUGAUGUAGCCCGACAUGUUCAAAUAACCAUUCGUGUUUACGCGAACAUGAAGGGUCUGGCCAAGACCUACAAAGACGCGGAGAUUGUCCCGCAGGUAGCGUCGUUUGACGAGUUCGUGCGUGGUUUCAACAUGGGCGAUCCCAUGUGUGAUUAUGUUGAUGCUGGCAACGGCAAAGAGUGUUCGGAUGAGAAGAUCAAAGCAAUGUUUCGGCACGACCUAGCGGACAUGCACUGCCAGCAAAUCCUCUUCGGUGGCUCAGCCGACAAUGGCUAUGCCCGCUUGUUGGGCCCAUACAACGAAGACGACGCAGUACGAAGCCGUAUCACCCUCUUGGAAGGCCCUCCGUUCGCCCGCGAGUUAGCUGCGAUCAAGGACAGAUACCACACUGCGCGCAACGGUGUCUCUCCCGACUCCGCCGCGAACACCAUCGACAGACUAUGCGAUGGCCGCUGCUCAGGUCCCAACAGGGCCUUCUUCAUCUUCAUCGUCUAA